CUGCUUUGCUCUCUCUCUCUCUCUCUCUCUCUCUCUCUCUCUGUUUUUGUGAACUUCGAGAAGAGUUGGGGAACCAUGAGCGGGGUGAUCAUGAGCGAGGUGAACCACCAAAGGAUCAAAACCAACGGGAUAUGGAUUCACAUAGCAGAGCAAGGGACAGGACCCCUUGUUCUGCGGCUUCAUGGCUUUCCAGAAAUCUGGUAUUCUUGGCGCCACCAGAUAACCCACUUGGCUAACCAUGGUUACCAUGCGGUUGCUCCUGAUUUGAGAGGCUAUGGAGAUUCCGACUCUCCUCUCAGCCCCAACUCCUACACUGUUCUACACGUUGUUGGAGAUCUCAUCGGCCUUCUUGACCAUUUUGGUGAACAACAGGCGUUUGUGGUGGGAGCUGACUGGGGAGCCAUUGCUGGAUGGGAUCUAAGCCUUUUCAGACUUGACAGAGUCAAGGGACUAGUCACUUUAAAUGUCCCAUACUUCCAAAGAUCUCCAAAUUCUAAACUAGUUGAUUCGAUCAGAAGAUUGUUAGGAGAAGGAAGCUAUCUCUUCCAGUUCCAGGAACCAGGAAGAGCAGAGAAAACAUUUGCAAGGUACGAUUAUUUGACGGUGAUGAAGAAGUUCUUGCUUAUAGUCAACUCAGAUAAUUUGGUAGCUCCUCCGGGCAUGGAGAUCAUUGAUUACCUGGAGACUCCUUCAUUGCUGCCGCCAUGGAUUACAGAGGAGGAACUCCAGGUCUAUGCAGACACAUUUCUUGAAUCUGGUUUUACUGGUCCUCUCAAUUACUACCGUGCCAUGGAUUUGAAUUGGGAGUAUCUUGCACCAUGGCAAGGAUCAAAAAUAAAAGUUCCUACAAAGUUUGUUGUCGGUGACAAAGAAAUUGGUUUUGAAACUAUGGGCACGAAGGAAUAUGUGGAAGGAGAUGUUUUCAAGAGCCUUGUCCCUGACCUGGAAGUUGUUAUUCUAGAUGGUCAUCAUUUUCUUUAUGAAGAGAAAGCUCAACAAGUCUGCCAUGAAAUUCUGUCCUUCCUACGCAAAUUUUUAGCGGAUUAAUUAGAUGGUUUUUCUUUAGGUUUAUUGUGACUUAAGACGCUUCUGUUGUGAUGAUAAUUCCAUGUUAAAUGAGUCAUUUCUUAUGAAUGCAUAUUGCAAAGGUGGUUUAAUUUUA